AUGGCAGCCCCUGUUAGUAUCGGGGCUCUACUCCAGGCAGACUUCCCGGAUGAUGCUGCUCACCGGGAGGACGGCCUGUGUGUCGUCGGUAUUUUUGGAAAAAGCGCCAUGCAGGCUGGACCUCUGAAAGAGUCUCUCAUCAACAAUUUAGCGGAUAAACCCAUCUUCUCUCUGUUCAACGGAGCCGAGGACGACGGCCCCGCGGACAGUCUCAUCCAGGCUUUCUACCACCAGGAGAGCCGGGUCCUGUACCUGCUGCUCUCCUCCGUGUGUGACAGCCAGCAGCUGCUGCGGGCCUGCCGGGCUCUGAGCGCCGGGGCCGGACACUCGGACGCCCACGACUUCUGGAAAGGUCUGGAGAGGCAGCACUGCCUCCACCUGCUCUACAUGUUCUCUGUGUGCCACGUCCUCCUGCUUGUCAACCCAAACCAGACCUUCGAUGUGACCUACGACCGGCUCUUCAGAGCUCUGGACGCUCUCCGACAGAAGGUCCUGCCUCUGAUCCGGGCAGCCAUCAAAGACUGUCCGGUGUCCAAAGAGUGGAAGGUGAACUGUCGGCCCUGUCCUCCACGCCUCCUCUUCGUCUUCCAGAUGAACGGUUCCCUGAAGGUUCGUGUUCAUAAACUCGUCUUUUCAAAAUAUAUGUUGUAACUAAAAAAAAUAUAUAGUUGUAUGAAAAAUAUAUGCUGAUUUUAAAUUGACUGUGAGCAACAUAUUUGAAAAUAGUGGGGACAGGGACAAGAAACACCGAUAAAGUCAUGAUACAAAAAUUGAAAAGGCUGGAAAAGCAUCACUGAAAUAACUGAGUUAGUUUGGAAAGGCUUCCAGAUUCGAGACUGAUGUUUUUUUAUGGUAAGCUGCAAAAAUAAAAUCAACAUAAUAUCAUUAAACUAUUGAGAGAAUCUGGAGGAAUCCCUGUAUCAACAAAGAUGAGGGCUAAUAUGUCGAGCUACAUACAACAUUUGCAGUAUUUUGUCAUAGAAGAGGUGAAGCAACAACAUCUAUUCACAGCGCAACACAGAAACCCUGUAGUUACACAACCAUGCCAAGAAAUAAAUGUUAGAGUCCAAUCUUCAGAUGAUUGUCAGAUAUAAAAUUGAGAUGUUUUGUAUUUGAGUGUAACAAUUUGUCUCAUAAAUGGUGUUGAAAGGGCCUCAUAAGCAAUAAUCUCACAGAACUGUAACUGAUCUCUCUUUAGGUUUCUUCAAACGGCUCAGAUUCUGGAGGAAACCCUGACAAACCUAAGAAACACUCCCCCAGGAGGCGGCUGCAACACGCUCUGGAGGAUCAAAUAUAUCGCAUUUUUCGUAAAAGCAGAGUCCUGACCAAUCAGAGCAGCAACUGCUUAUUCACUGUGCCCGCCAACCAGGCAUUCGUUUAUGUGAUACCUGCACUAGAGGAGGAUCCAGUAGGGACUUUACUCGGUCUGCUGCGGUCAAACUGCAUCCUUGGUGAGCAGGAGUCUUCCAUGACGGUGUCAGGGCCGAGGCGCUACCAGCAGAUGCGACGAUCAGCCCGGCAACUUAGCUUUGGUGGGGAAUCAGGCUGUGGUCCGAUGGGUGGUCAGCCAGUGGACUGCAGCUUGAAGGAAUUCCUGUGGCAGCAUGUGGAACUGGUUCUGACCAAAAAAGGGUUCGACGACAGUGUCGGACGGAACCCACAGCCCUCACACUUUGAGCUGCCGUCCUACUCGAAAUGGAUUGAGGUUGCUGCUAGCCUCCACCAAGUCCUGAUCAGCAACACAGAUGAAGAAACAGCAGAGCUAGCUACAAAAGUGCAGAGCCAGCUUAAGGUGUUGGAGGGUUUUCUGGAUGCUGACACAAAGUUCUCUGAGAACAGAUGUCAGAAAGCUCUGCCUCUGGCCCACAGUGCCUACCAGUCUAACCUUCCACACAACUACACCACAACAGUCCACAAAAACCAGCUUGCUCAGGCUUUGAGGGUGUACAGCCAGCAUGCUCGAGGUGUGGCCUUCCAGAGAUACGCACUGCAGCUUCACGAGGACUGUUACAAGUUCUGGAGUAAUGGACACCAGCUGUGUGAGGAGCGAAGUCUGACUGACCAACACUGCGUUCAUAAGUUUCACCUUCUGCCUCAGCCAGGUCUACACUUACAUUCACUAAAGGGUGUUAAGAGUAAAACUUGAGAGUUGAGCAUUUACAAACAUUAACAUAAACUCAAAAAUGUCUAAAAGUUUGAGCUUGUAGAAACAUCGUAACAUUGGCAAGGAGAAUGACGUCUGUAACACACACAUGAAAUCUGGUAUUUCUGUCUGCAGGAGAGAAGCCUGACAUGGAUCGCAACCCACCCAUCCUCAACCACAACAGCAGGGGGCGCUCCACCAGCUCCUGUAACUGUGGCAGGAAACAGGCUCCACGUGAGGAUCCAUUUGAUAUCCAGGCUGCAAACUAUGACUUCUAUCAGGUCAGGAUUCACACUGCGCUCUAUUACUGAUCACCAGUGUCCCAAAAGACUAGAACAGACUGAUAAAUAGAAAAAUGAAGGCUCUAAAAAUUAAAAGCUUCAAAUCUUCUAGCUUUUACUUUGAAAAGCUAAAAUACAUCAACAAGAGUGAGCCAGGUCAGUUAAAGGGAUAUUCUGGUGUAAAAUUAAUUUAGGGUCAAACACACCGUAACAACGAGUUAGACAACCCCUCAAGAGAUGAAUGUUUGCCGACCGCUUCCUUCUCUAGUUAUACCAACUUUAGUAACGACUACAUGAUAGCAAUACACGGUCUGAGGAACCACACACACAACCAAAACACCACUCUAUAGCCACAAAUAAUACUCAGAACAGCACCUAACUUCAUCAACAGGACAUAUAGAGUCCCAGCCAUAGUACUAGCCACCAAGCAUCUUUCUAACUUUGCCUGAUUUCUUUAGCAAAAAGACUAAACACAACUCACCUACUCUCUUCCAGCAGCCACUUGUUUGUACGGAGACCUCGGGCCAGUCCAUUACGGACUACAGCGGGGUGACGCAGCUCAAGGAAGAACAUUUAUGAUCAUUUUUUCAUCAUUGCCUUGUAGUAAUAAUCAUCAUAUUUAUCAUUUUGCACUGCAGACGCUGUAGUUCUUCUGCCUUAGCGUCUCGGUCUAAUUACAUUUCCACAAAGAAAUAAUCAUAAAUGUUCUUCCUUGAGCUGCGGCACCCCGCUGCAGUCGAUGAUGGACUGCUUGAGGUUUCCAUACGAACAAGCGGCUGCUGGAAGAGAGUAGGUGAGUUGUGUUUAGUCUCUUUGCUAGAGAAAUUAGGCAAAGUUAAAAAGAUGUUUGGUGGCUAGUGCUGUGGCUGGGACCCUACAUAUACUGCUGAUGAAGUUAGGUGCUGUUCUGAGCAUUAUUUGAGGCUAUAGAGUGGCUUUUCGGUUGAGGUUUGUUUAUGGCUCCUCAGACCGUUGUGUAUUGCUAUCGUGUGGUCGUUGCUAAAGUUGGUAUAACUGGAGAAGCAAGCGGUCGGCAACAUUCAUCUCUUGAGGGGUUGUCUAACUCGGUGUUACGGUGUGUUUGACCCUAAAUUAAUUUUACACCAGAAUAUCCCUUUAAGCUGAACCCAGUGAGCUGUGCACUCAUCCUCCAACCCUGAUAUGGUUUAGUGGAGCUGUAGUUUGAGCUGUUAAUUUUCUGAUGAUUAGGUUGUGACACUUGGUAAUAGCUUUUGUAUUGUUACUGUGUUUUCAAAAACAAACUUUCAUGUUCAUUAAUUUGGUUUUCCUGGUUAGAUACUGGAGGAGAAAUGCUGCGGGAAGCUGGAAAGGAUCGAGUUUCCCGUGUUCCAGCCGAGCACUCCAGACCCAGCUCCAGCCUCCAACCAGACUCAGAGAGUCCCGUGUGAAGGCUCAGGUUCUGGUGAGGCAGAGAGGCUGAAGGAGCCGAGCACCGCUCAGAGCCACACACCCGGAGACCCCAGCCUUAGCCUGGCUCUUAGUCUGGGUCAGUCCACCGACAGCCUGGGGCCGUACGGGGAUGGAGAUGGAAAUGAAACCCAAGUUCAGCAGAAGAGGCCGAGCCUUGUGGACCGCCAGCCCUCCACUGUGGAGUACCUUCCGGGUAUGAUGCAUUCUGGCUGCCCCAAAGGCCUGCUGCCCAAGUUCUCCAGCUGGUCUCUGGUCAAACUGGGACCAGCCAAGUCUUACAACUGCCACACGGGUCUGGAGCAGCCGGGCUUCCUUCCAGGCUCUUCCUUCCUCCUUCCCUGGGACUUGGUCAUCCGUUCUCGGUCCGAGGAGAACACAGGACUAACAGAGCCAUUGGAUGGAGGCACCUCAUCUUGGCCUGCUCCAAAUAAGACCCUGGUGGGAAAGCGAGGGAGCACUGGAGGGCUGGGGAGGAGUCGUAGGAGGGACGACAUGGCUCGUGUCUUUGUAGGGUUCGAGUAUGAAGACAACAGGGGGAGACGCUUCAUCAGCUGCGGGCCUGAUAAGAUAGUGAAGGUUCUCGGGCCGGGAGGCACCAAAGACCCCGCCACCAGGGUACUCAACACGGACAUGCCGCUGUACAUCCCCUCCCCCACUCAGGGCCGCAGCCUGAAGCCUCACUUUGCACAGCUCACUCGCCUGUAUAUUGUGGUGCCUGACACCCCGCUGGAGGUUACCCUCAACCCACAGGUAACUUACAUCCAAGGAAACAGUCAAAUAAGAUGUUCUGACACUCUAUUAGACAAACUAGCAACAAAUUUGUUUUUGCAUUAAAGAGCAGCUGCUCAAAAUACGCCAGUUAGGAGACAAAGAAGAAGAAAAUAAAAGAAAAUAUAUUACUGGAUUUUUUUAACUUGACAAGAGCUUCUUGUCCUCCAGGGCCACCGUCACUUCACUGAGAGGAGGGGUGAGCAGGGGAGCAUUACAAUUAAGAAACUGCCCACUCAUAGAUAUGGCUUAAUAUCCCAAAUUCUACACACUGUACCUUUCAAACCAUUCAAACAUAAACUUUAAAACCGUGUAUCAAACUUGGAUUGUAGGAUACCUGCAAGUCUUGUGGGGCAUAAAAGAGUGUUGAACCAUUAGAUAUAAUUCAUUUAAAAGUGCUGAAUGAGGUAUUAACAACUGUCAAACCACUUAAAUAACUGCUUAAUCCUCUUUUUCUGUCAUAGACCGCGGUGACAAUGUGUUUAUGGCCAGGACAGGAAAAAUGUAAACGGAAAAAAAAAAAAAAAAUUUUUGUUUUAAAACUGUUUUUUGCUUUCUACAGCUAUAAGGAUGCUCAAAAAUCUAAGUGGAAAAGUGUAGAUUUCACUCAAAGCUCGGAGGAACGUAUGGUCUGCGUUGAUGUUUGCUCUCCCUGUAAGCCGAGAUUGACAUUUUAAAGCUUUGCCAGUUUUCUCCCCGUACAUACCACAGCAGGAUUACUUAACAAAAAUCACAUCCUACCUUCUUUUAACAGCCGAAUGUGUCACUCACUGUGAAUGUAGCUGUGAAAAGGCUUUGGUCUGACACCUUCCUCCCCCCAUAGAUGUGCAAAACCCUCCUCACAGGAAAAAGACAGACAAUUUAAAAGAAAACCCCAGUUUCCAUGUUAGUACAUCCAUCUAUUUGCAGCUGUGUGUCUGGGUCCAGCUGGUGUUAAUCUUAUUAAACACAACACUCAACCAUCUCCUGGCUACAUCCACAGUUUGGCACUGAUCUGGAAAUUUGAACACACUUGUUUGUUAGAGGAAGAGACUGAUUGUGCUGAAAGUUUCACACAUUUCCUGGAAGCUGAAAACAGUUUAGACACACGGACGGUUCCCCACACCAAAAAAGAAGAAGAUACAAGUGAAACAAAACCGAACGUGUUGUACUUCAACAAAGCACAACAUGUUCAGUUUUGUUUUUGUCUCCUGGACAAUCCUGGACUUGUCCUGGAGACAUGGUUGUUUCAAGUUAUCAGAAGAUGACAGGUGUGUGAAAGAAAGCUAAAAAAGCAAAAUAAAUCAAAACCAGAAUCAGAAAUGGUGAUUCAUCUCAAGAGGAAAUCAGUACAGUUGCUCUUAUACUCGAUAAAACAGUAAGAAUGUAAGAAUAAUAAGAGAAGUAGGAGUAAAAGUGACAAUUAGGAUUGAAAACAAGAAUUGAAGAAAUAAUUAAAGAAAAAAGGUUGAAAGACAUGAAAGAUGAUGUUUUUACAGCCAGAUAUCGGUGUUGCACAGGUUGAUUAUUUAUGACUUAUUAUUUUUAUUCCAAAACAUAAAUUUGACCCCCCAAAACGGCCUCGAAAACUCACGAAAAUUUGCAGCUAGGUUGGGCCUGGUGAAAAUCACAAUGUGUUAAAGUGACCCAAAAGAAGCGAUAAAAAAAAUGCUCGCUAGCGCCCCCUACAGAGUGCCACGAACAUCAACUUUGUCUGAUCUGCCCAAAAUUUUACAGGCGCGUUUAUCUUAACGAGAUCUUAGAUUUUUCAUUCUUGGACCUUUUUCUCAGACACAUGGUUAGAAGUUAUUCCGCUGUUUUCGGCCCAUUUCCGCCAUUUGCGUUCGUCACGCCAAAUGUAUCUAGUUUGUUUUAGUUUCAGAGAUUUACAGAUGACUGUAGUUUUGGUUAAAAUGUUGUAUUUAUCAUAACAGUAAUGUGUCCUUAUGUGUUUUUUUAGGUGCAGCCUGGUCCUCCACCCUGCCCAGUUUUCCACCCUGAGCAGACUGAUCUAGUUUUACCGCCUGAUGGCCUCUGGGUGCUACGAUUUCCUUACUCCUACACAACAGAUCGCGGCCCCUGUUACCCCCCCAAAGAGAACCAGCCACUCAGCAACUACAAGGUGCUGCGGGGCAUCCUGAAGGCCAGCACUGCCAACCCUCAACCACAGUGA